CUUUUUUUCGCCUCAACUUCUUUCUUUGUUGUUCUAUUGCCUUUUUCCCUUAAUACAGAGGAAAAAUAUCUUCAAUUUUUUUGCUCCAAAAAAACAAUUUCUACCCUUUCGCUACUUUCGCCACUCUUUCUCCACUUUUGUCACAUUCCUUUCAAUUUUGUGCCCAAAUUUUGCAAACCUUAUUAUCUCUAUCAACAACAACACACAUGAUUAUCAUGAUUAUCAUGUUUAUCAACCCAUUAUCUUUCAAGUGAAAAAUGAUGAAUUAACGAGCAAUAAGUAGAGAAUCCAAGUUGGUUUGAGUUCAAUUUUUUUUUCGUUUUCCUGGUUUCUUCAGUUUCGCAAGCUGUUGUGAUGAAAUUGUUUUGAAAAUGUCGAGUUCAACUAAUGAUCAAUUGGUCAAUGCUCAACAAAAUCGAAUUGAUAUUUUCUCGGUUUUACUUCAGUUUUGGCUUUGAAAGUUCUACUUCCAUGUGAUUAAUGGUUCAACGUUUUACCCUUCAUCAUGCUGAAACCUACGUGCCAACUGGUUAGCCUGUCUUUUAAUUUGUGCCGUUUUAUGGUUUGGUUUUACUUGCCCUUCAAGGUUAAUUCAAAUCCAGAUGAACAACGACUUUUUGAAGAUUUAAUGAACAAUUAUAAUGCACUCUACCGUCCGGUUGGUAAUUUUUCAGAUAAAUUACUAGUUAAAAUGGGUCUCGUUUUAUCACAGAUAAUUGAUAUUAAUUUGAAAAAUCAAAUAAUGUCAAGUAACGUUUGGGUUCAUCAAGAAUGGUAUGAUAUGAAUCUUCGUUGGGACCCUGAAGAGUAUAGAGGUGUUAAAAAAUUGCACUUACCUGCUGAACAAAUUUGGCUUCCUGAUAUUGUUUUAUACAACAAUGCAGAUGGUGAUUAUGUUAUAACUAAAUUAACUAAAGCUCUUGUAACUAGUGAUGGUAAAGUUAGUUGGAAGCCUCCAGCAAUUUUUAAAAGCUCAUGUACAAUUGAUGUUGAAUAUUUUCCCUUUGAUGAGCAAACUUGUCAAAUGAAAUUUGGUAUUUGGACCUAUGACGGUCUACUGAUUGAUUUUAAACACAUUAACCAAAAAGAUGGUUCAUCCGAGAUUCCAAUUGGAAUGGAUUUGUCUAGAUUCUAUCUCUCUGUUGAAUGGGACAUUAUGGAUGUUCCUGCUAGUCGUAAUGAAAUUUACUAUUCAUGCUGUUCCAAUCCUUACAUUGAUAUUCGUUUCAAUAUCACUCUUCGCCGAAAAACCCUUUUCUAUACUGUUAACCUAAUUAUACCUGUUAUCGCCAUCUCUGGACUUUGCGUAUUUGUUUUUUAUCUUCCCUCAGAUUCAGGAGAAAAGAUAUCACUGAGCAUUUCCAUUCUUCUCUCCCUGGUCGUCUUUUUCCUUCUUUUAUCUGAAAUUCUACCUCCAACAUCCCUUGGGAUUCCACUUCUUGGACGUUACCUUUUGUUCACUUUAAGCUUGGUAACACUUUCCGUUUGUCUCACCAUUCUGGUGCUCAAUAUAAACUUCCGGUCACCAUCAACCCACCGAAUGGCCCCUUGGGUAAAAAAGGUUUUCCUUAAUUUGCUGCCCAAAAUUUUGAAAAUGAAGAGACCCAAGAAGAAGGAAAAGGAAAGUUCAACUUUAAAUGAUCAUUCAAAUUUGUAUGCAACAAGCAACUGCAUCAAUAGACCUGAAGACUGUUUCCCAUCACCACUUUCAGAGACGAGCAACAAUACAGUUGAUAAUAAUCAUGAUAUAAACAAGGAACCAAUAAAUCAACCGUAUGAACCUCAUUAUAGAGUUCAACAUUCACUUGCGAUAACACCAUUGGUACCCUUGCCUCCACCAUCCUUGAUGGCCAGUCAUCAUACUCUUGCCCAACAACCUUGUCAUCCCUUGUCCCUUCCCAGUCAACCCGAUUUGGCUUCACCUUUUCUUGUCUCUCCUUCGCCUCUUGCUGAUCCACCGUCAACUUUACCUGCUUACACUGAGGCAGUAAAUGGUAAUGAAAACAGUGACUAUUUUAAUACACAGUUAGACUUAUUGAAUAACGAUUGUACCAAUGAAGCGGUUGAGCCAAUGUUGACUCACCGAGCCAAGGCACGUUCCUCUUUCCAUCAAGCACUCAUCAGCAUACAAUUUGUCGCUCAACACAUGGACAACUUGGACAGUUAUUAUGAGGUUGAAGAAGAUUGGAAGUUCGUUGCGAUGGUUCUAGAUCGUUUAUUGUUGUGGAUUUUUGCUAUAUCUUGUAUUGUUGGUACUGUUGGUAUAAUCGCUCAAGCUCCAAGUCUUUAUGAUAGACGAAGACCAAUUGAUGUACUGUACAGUAAAAUUGCUCAAAGAAUGCGCUAUUAAAGUUUUGUUAAAGAAAAGAAAAAAAUAAAUAAAAAAAGCUGAAAAGCUGUAAAUAUUGGAAA